UGCUAUUAUUGAUCCGCUCAAGUCGGAGGUUGCUUUCCUUCAUGCGCAGAGUUUCUCAGCGCUAGAGACAGCGAACCCUAAAUCCUCUCUCUUUCACUCCUUUUCAGUCUUUCUUCCUGGGGUUCGAGGAGAGAUGUCGUACGCCUACCUCUUCAAGUACAUCAUCAUCGGAGACACAGGGGUUGGGAAAUCAUGCCUUCUGUUGCAGUUCACGGACAAACGAUUCCAACCUGUUCAUGACUUGACGAUUGGUGUUGAAUUCGGGGCUAGGAUGAUUACAAUAGAUAACAAGCCAAUAAAGUUGCAGAUAUGGGAUACGGCAGGCCAAGAAUCUUUCAGAUCGAUAACAAGAUCGUACUACAGAGGUGCUGCUGGUGCACUACUAGUUUAUGACAUCACCAGGAGGGAAACAUUUAACCAUCUUGCAAGCUGGUUGGAAGAUGCAAGGCAGCAUGCAAAUGCUAAUAUGACAAUUAUGCUGAUUGGAAAUAAAUGUGAUCUGGCUCACAGAAGAGCUGUCAGCACCGAGGAAGGUGAGCAGUUUGCUAAAGAGCAUGGUUUGAUCUUUAUGGAGGCUUCUGCAAAAACUGCUCAGAACGUUGAAGAGGCAUUCAUCAGCACAGCGGCAACAAUAUACAAGAAAAUUCAGGAUGGGGUCUUUGAUGUAUCAAAUGAGUCUUAUGGAAUCAAAGUUGGGUAUGGAGGAAUCCCAGGUCCAGCAGGAGGAAGGGAUGGCUCCUCUUCUCAAGCUGGUGGCUGUUGCAGUUGAGAUCAUGUUCGAGAAUGACUGGCCCGAUGGAUUUGAUGUUUGAGGGAAAUGUUUGACUUCCUCAGACGAUCUGGACUCGAGGAGAAUUUUUUUAUGUUAUCUUUGUUAUUUGCUGUUUCCAAUGUGAAUAGCUAUCUUAUUUCUCUUGUGAGUGCCGGCAUAGAGCGGCGAGUAGACUAUCUACAAAUCUGUCAAUUUUGAGGACAGAAUACUACAAAUGACUGACUUGCCAGAUGGUUCGUCACGAUCACGCUGCUCUUACCGGCUUUCUCCAUGCCUUGGGUGUUGAACUCGACAAAAGUCUGGCAAAGGCUGCAAAUUGAUGUGUGAUUUGGAUAUAUUACUAAAAUAUUUUUUAAGAGAAACAAUUCAGAUUCUU